UAUGAGCAGCAGUUGAGGAGGGGCCUUCGGACCUCAGCGCAGCCCAGAGCGGGGAGGGAGGGGGUGUCUCGGGUUAUUUGGAAGGAUAAAGGUUGUGCGGACCGCACGGCGAUGACUACGCCGGCAGGCUCGGGCACGGGCUUUGGCUCUGUGUCCUGGUGGGGCCUGUCCCCGGCAGUGGACCUGCAGGCUGAGAGUCCUCCUGUGGAUCCAGAUUCGCAGGCUGAUACAGAGCACGAGACCCCCGAACUAAAUGUCCUGCUGUUGGGUUCCGUGGAUGGGCGGCACCUGCUACGGACCUUGGCCCGGGCAGCUCUCUGGCCUCGAAGGAGGUUCCACUUUUAUGUGCUGGAGAAUAAUCUGGAAGCUGUAGCCCGACAUGUGCUGAUCUUCAGCCUAGCCCUGGAGGAUCCUGAGAAGAUGGGGCUGCAAGAGAGAAGCGAGACCUUCCUGGAGGUGUGGGGGAACGCGCUGCUGCGCCCCCCGGUGGCCGCCUUCGUGCGCGCCCAGGCCGGCCGCCUGGCUCACCUGGUGCCGGAGCCCGACCGCCUGGCGGAGCAGCUGCCCUGGCUCAGCCUGGGCGCCCUCAAGUUCCGCGAGCGCGACGCCCUGGAGGCCGUGUUCCGUUUCUGGGCCGGAGGGGAGAAGGGGCCUGAGGCUUUCCCCAUGAUCCGCCUGUGGGACUCGAGGCUGCGCCAGUACCUGGGCUCCCGGUACGACGCCCGGCGCGGCGUCAGCGACUGGGACCUGCACAUGAAGCUGCACGACCGCGGGGCCAGAGUCAUCCACACCCGCGAGUUCAGGCGCUGGAGGGACACGGGCGUCGCCUUUGAACUCAGAGACUCCAGCGCCUAUCACGUGCCCAACCGGACCCUGGCGUCCGGUCGCCUCCUGAGCCACGUACGUGCGCCCUGGCUGCUGCCGCUUCUCGCGUGUGGGGAGCCCCAGAAUCCGAGUUCCCCAACAUUAUCCUCUCUUCCUGCUUUCCCAGCGCGGGGAGCGCGUGGCAGCGCGCGGGUAUUGGGGGGACAUCGCCACGGGGCCCUUCGUGGCCUUCGGCAUCGAAGCGGACGACGAGACCCUCCUGAAGACCAGCAACGGGCAGCCGGUCAAGACCGCGGGCGAGAUCACCGAGCACAACGUGGCGGAGCUCUUCCGAGAGAUGGCCGCCUGGGGGCGCCCGAGAGCCGCCCAAGGGGACUCGGAGCAGGUGCAGGGCGGCGCGGAGGGAAGCCCGGAGCCCGCCCCUGCCCCAGAGCCCUUCACUGUCCACUUCCUGUCCCUCGGUUCUGCCCACACUCUCCACCACAAGAGCUGCUACAAGGGACAGUUCCAGCUUCUCUACGUGGCCUGUGGGUUCCUAGUGGACCUGCGGCAGGAGCAGCUGCAGGCGUUCUCCAGCCGGGUCAGGGAGCUAGCACAGGCCGCUGGAUUCGCCCCCCACUUGGGGGGCAAGCCCUCGGACAUCUUCGCGCGCUUCUACAAGGCGGGGGACUCAGCUCCCAGCCACGAGGACCCGGCUGUGGAAUCUGGGACUCCGCCCCCUGAAUUCCUGGCCUCGCCCAUUGAGGCAACCGACCCACCUUCUGAGGAUAGGACCCAGCCCCUUGUACCGGGAACCCCACCCUCUGAACCCCUCAAAUUGACCUCAGAUUCUCAGGCUUCACUCUUGGAGGCUUCAGUUCCGCCCACAGGGAAUCAGGCCCCUAAAUCAGAGAAUCAGACUGUUCCUCCAGAGACCAAGUCCCCCACCCCGGAAAUCUAAAGUCCGGUCCUAGAAUGAGAACGCGCUUCUAGAAUACUCAGUUACACUCUCAACAGUCUCACUCAGCGCCAGAGGUGUCGCUAGCAUUUCGGAUUCCAGUCCUGGGAUUCUAUAUUUAUUCCUGGAAUUCUAGACUGUUCUCUUGAGUUCUGCCUUUCACUCCCAGACUCUGAAAACAGCCUGGAGAUCUAGCCCCGGGGCUCUGCUCAGGCCCUCUGUGUGGUCCCCUCGUCUCCAGGCAUCCCAUUCCUAACUGGGGGCUGGGGGUGUCACCUCUCACAUGCUGGUCUACCCUCAGGUGGUCCAAGUAAAGAGAGCCAAGAGCUCUU